GCUAAGUCACGAGCGCCGCAUUCCAGACUGGGACCCAGGGCCGGAGGAUACAUCUCUGGCUCCCGGAAAGAUCAGCCCCGUGGGGGUCUCCCGGCGCCGUCGUUGUCGCCGCUGCCGAAGCUGCAGACCCCGUUCCCAGCAUGGGCAAGAAGGACAAAUCCGACCGCGAUAAAAAGAAGUCCAAGAAAAGACACUAUGAAGAAGAAGAUGAUGAUGAUGACGUCCCUGGGAAUGAAUCUCAGGAAGCAGUUCCAUCGGCAGCUGGGAAGCAAGUAGAUGAAUCUGGGACCAAAUUGGAUGAAUAUGGGGCUAAGGACUACAGGCUUCAGAUGCCACUAAAAGAAGACCAUGCCUCCCGCCCACUCUGGGUGGCUCCUGAUGGCCAUGUUUUCCUAGAAGCCUUCUCUCCUGUUUACAAAUAUGCCCAGGACUUCCUAGUGGCUAUUGCUGAGCCUGUAUGUAGACCAAGUCAUGUGCAUGAAUACAAACUGACUGCUUAUUCCCUGUAUGCUGCUGUUAGUGUUGGAUUACAGACAAGUGACAUCACUGAAUACCUCAAAAAGCUCAGCAAGACUGGUGUUCCAGAUGGAAUCAUGCAAUUUAUUAAGUUGUGUACUGUCAGCUAUGGAAAAGUCAAGCUAGUGCUGAAGCACAAUAGGUAUUUUGUUGAAAGCUCUCACCCAGAUGUCAUUAAAGAACUUCUCCAGGACCAGGUGAUUAGAGAAUGCCGCCUGAGAAAUGCUGAGGGGGAAGAAACUGAGCUCAUCACUGAGACCUUCACAAGCAAAUCCGCUAUUUCCAAAACCAGUGAAGGAGGCAGUGGACCCUCCACAUCACAAGGAACAGAUGGUCAGAAUAAAUCAGAUGUCCCUGCAGACUUAUUUGAGUUUUAUGAGCAAAUGGACAAGGAUGAAGAGGAAGAGGAAGAAACACAGACUGUAUCUUUUGAAGUCAAGCAAGAAAUGAUCGAGGAGCUCCAGAAGCGGUGCAUCCAUCUGGAAUACCCAUUGCUGGCUGAAUAUGAUUUCCGGAAUGAUUCUGUCAACCCUGACAUCAACAUAGACCUGAAACCUACAGCUGUCCUCAGACCCUAUCAGGAGAAGAGCCUUCGGAAAAUGUUUGGGAACGGACGUGCUAGGUCAGGGGUCAUCGUCCUCCCCUGCGGAGCUGGAAAAUCUUUAGUGGGUGUGACUGCUGCGUGCACUGUCCGGAAAAGGUGCCUGGUCCUUGGCAACUCAGCCGUGUCUGUGGAACAGUGGAAAGCACAGUUCAAGAUGUGGUCUACCAUUGAUGACAGCCAGAUCUGCCGGUUCACUUCAGAUGCUAAAGAUAAGCCCAUUGGUUGCUCCAUUGCUAUCAGCACCUACUCCAUGCUGGGCCAUACCACCAAGAGAUCUUGGGAGGCUGAGCGAGUUAUGGAGUGGCUCAAGACUCAGGAAUGGGGACUUAUGAUCCUAGACGAAGUACAUACCAUACCUGCCAGAAUGUUUCGGCGAGUCCUCACCAUUGUCCAGGCUCACUGCAAGUUGGGUUUGACUGCUACCCUCGUUCGUGAAGAUGACAAAAUCGUGGACUUGAAUUUCUUGAUUGGACCCAAACUAUAUGAAGCCAAUUGGAUGGAACUUCAGAAUAAUGGCUAUAUUGCCAAAGUCCAGUGUGCUGAGGUUUGGUGCCCAAUGUCUCCUGAAUUUUAUAGGGAAUAUGUGGCAAUCAAAACCAAGAAGCGGAUCUUACUAUAUACCAUGAACCCCAACAAAUUCAGAGCCUGCCAAUUUCUGAUCAGAUUCCAUGAACGAAGAAAUGACAAGAUCAUUGUUUUUGCAGACAAUGUCUUCGCCCUGAAGGAAUAUGCUAUCCAGCUGAACAAACCCUUUAUCCAUGGUCCUACAUCACAAGGAGAAAGGAUGAAGAUUCUGCAGAAUUUCAAGCAUAAUCCAAAGAUCAACACUAUCUUCAUAUCCAAAGUAGGAGACACAUCAUUUGAUCUGCCUGAAGCAAAUGUUCUAAUUCAGAUAUCUUCUCAUGGUGGUUCCCGAAGACAGGAGGCACAAAGGUUGGGGCGAGUGCUUCGAGCCAAGAAAGGAAUGGUUGCAGAGGAGUAUAAUGCCUUCUUCUAUUCACUGGUAUCCCAGGAUACACAGGAAAUGGCAUAUUCAACCAAACGGCAGAGGUUCCUGGUUGAUCAAGGUUAUAGCUUCAAGGUAAUUACAAAACUUGCUGGUAUGGAAGAAGAAGAAUUGGCAUUUUCAUCUAAAGAGGAACAGCAGCAGCUUUUACAGAAGGUCCUGGCAGCCACUGACUUGGAUGCUGAGGAAGAGGUGGUAGCAGGAGAAUUUGGCUCCAAAUCCACUCAGGUAUCCCGUCGUUUUGGCACAAUGAGCUCCAUGUCGGGGGCAGAUGAUACUGUUUAUAUGGAAUAUCAUUCUUCUCGAAGCAAGUCAUCUGUAAACAAGCAUGUCCACCCACUUUUCAAACGUUUCAGAAAAUGAUGUCAAUGCAGGCUGCUUUCAAGGACUGUAGGUUUUGUACAACAACUUCCAAAUAGUGAAGCAUGAAGCGGAUCCUUUGAAUUUCCAAAGGAAUGCUUUAUUUUCUGCUGGCGUUGGCUGAAACGGUCCAGAUUAAAUAACCAACCUUAGCCACACCACAGAAGUAAAUGCAGCAGGCUCCUGGUUAUGGCUUUGUGGUACUUCAAGCAUAAUAAAAGAAAAAUAUUUUUGUCUUUUCUAACCACUUUUCAAAUGCAGUUUGGAAAGAGGCUUUUGCGUGUAAAAAUUUGUAACAAUAUUAAAGUUUAUAUAUCUGAAUGUUUUACUAAGUGAACAUUAACCAUUUACGAGAAAAGUUAAAUGUUCACUUUUCCUGAAAACUUUUCUUGAUUUCCUUAAUCACUACUAGAGAACUGUGGUUAUUUAUACCUGAAUUAGAUCACACAUAUACACAUCUGUGGAUGGUUAGUUCAGAUGGAUAAAGCCAAGAUCAUGAAUUCUCUCCCCAAAACCAGGAGAGCCACUGGCUGCUUCUCUUCAAUCACAGAGUGAGUGAGACCAGUCUGAUCUGUCCCUUCAGAUGGAGAAACAGCUCAAAGCACGAGUUCCUAUUAGUAAUGAGUUAAUUGCAUCAUCUUCAAAUACAUGAAGUACAUUUUCCCCAAAAUGUCAGGGUGUCCUCCCUCUGGCUCGCACGUUUUUUCUUUAAUAACCAUUUCCCCCAGUUUUUCUAAGUGCC